AUGCGUCAACCCCCUUGUUACACUGAUUCUCAACAUCCUGAUCAUGUUUGUUUGCUCAAGCACUCUUUGUAUGGAUUGAAACAGGCCCCCAAGGCUUGGUUUCAUCGUUUGCAUGGAUUUUUGUUAUCUGUUGGGUUUGCAGCUUCCAAGAUUGAUGUCUCUCUCUUUCAUUAUUCAGUGGACUCUGAUUUUAUGUUUGUCUUGGUUUAUGUGGAUGAUAUUCUUGUUAUGGGUAGUAGUCAGCAGCGUUACAUGCUUGACAUCUUGAAACGUGCUGGUAUGUCUGACUGUAAGCCCUUGUCUACUCCUAUUUCUGUGUCUCGACCUGUUCCUGUUCAGGCAGAUCCCUAUGAUGAUCCCACCAGGUACAGGAGUAUUGUUGGGGCUCUGCAGUACCUCAUUGUCACGCGUCCAGAUCUUUCCUUUGCAGUCAAUCAGCUUUGUCAGCAUAUGCAUGCUCCUACUGACCACCAUUGGGAGCAGCUGAAGAGGGUGUUGAGGUAUGUUAAGGGCACUCUCUCCUAUGGGCUUCACAUUCAGCCUUCUAACUCAAGGGAGUUGCAUGCGUUUUCUGAUUCUAACUGGGCUGGUUGUCCUGAAGAUCGCAAGUCUACCAGUGGGUUUGCUGUGUGCAAAAAGCAGAGAACAGUUGCCAGGUCUUCUACGGAAGCUGAGUACAAAGUUCUUGCAGAUGUGUGUGCUGAAGUCACUUGGAUUUCGUCUCUUCUGCGUGAGCUUCAAAUUGCUAAUGUUAAUUUUAUCUCUACUAAGGAUCAGCUAGCUAAUAUCUUCACAAAAGCUCUUCCUGGUUCUAGAUUUGUUUUUAUUAGAGACAAGCUACAGGUUGCUAGUCUACCAUGUGCUUAA